CUGAGAAAAAGAGGCCUUUCGAAAGUCGGCGCAAGGCAACCAAGCAUCGUUCCUUUGGGUCAUCAAGAGCGAUCAAGAACCAGCAAAACACUACCAUCCACAAAGAAUGGCUCGGGACCAACCAACCGAGGGAGAGGAGACCCCCACGCCCUGCCUCGACCGCGGWGAGGCCACUGCCAAUGACGGCGAGAACGACAAUGUCACCACGCAAGACGAUGGCAGCGGCAACGAGAACAGCAACACCAACGGCGACAGCAACGACGACAGCAACGAUAAAAACAACAACAACGACGACAACAACAACGACGACGCUGCGGACGGUGCACGUUCCGACGAACCGGAGUGCGACGAGGAAGGCCUCCGGCUGGAAUACGACGUGGUCCUCUACGGGACGGGACUGGUGCAGUCGAUCCUGGCAAGCGCCCUGUCCCGGGCCGGAAAGUCCGUCCUGCACUGCGACGGAGCGGACCACUACGGGGGGCUGGACGCCGUCUGGACCCUCCCCGAGGUGGAGGCCCUGAUCCGCGGGGAGGGCUCUGGCGGCACCGGUGUGGACGGCGUCAGCGGCAGCGAGCGGGGAACGGGGGAAUCCCCGGAGGGCCUCCUGUCGCUGGUUCCGGGGGGACCCGGAUCGCUCUCGUGGGACCGCUCGCACUGCUCGUCGACCUCCGGGAAGCGGUUCCACGGGAUCCGAACCGGGACGCGCGUCGCGACGCCCUUUGGCGAGGGCACCGUCCGARCGAUUCGGUGGCGCCGGGACGACGAAACAAGCGACGGCAACGAAACGAACACAAAGACAAAGACAACUAACACGGCAGCCGUGGAAAUCGAGAUGGGCAAUUGGAARCUGGCAAACGACMAGUCUCCGGUGGUAUACGUCAACRCCGUCCUUCCGGAACGCGCCGAARGCACCGAAGCAGCGGAUCCGAACCGGGAUUGCGUCGACCCCUUCCUCCUGGAAGACGUCUUGUCCCGGACCAGGGACAUCCGGUCCGUGCAAUCGGUGGAAGCGGAGGCAAUUCUGCGAGAUGCCCCGCGAACGCUGGCUCUGGAUGCCAGCCCGGCUUUUGUCCUGGCCAGCGGGCGGGCCGUAGAAGGCAUGCUCCAGAGCGGGGUUGCGGAUUACCUCGAGUUCAAAACCGUGAACGGCUUGUACUGGCUGGAGCACGCCGCGGCAAAGGAUGCGGGMAAGCGGCGGARCAGGACCAAGACGACCGACACGAACAAGGACAAGGACGACAAGAAAACCGCURUCGGCGACGAACCCAUGGUCCUCUCCCGCGUCCCCUGCAGCAAGAACGACAUUUUUGCCACAAAAUUGCUGGCCCCGAUGGAGAAGCGCCGGUUCAUGAAGUUCAUUCAGCUGUGCAUGGACUACGCGACAAAGAUGACCGUAGCGGAAGUACUCGAGCAGAACGACGACGACGACAACGAAGAAGAGGUCCAGUCCCUCAACGAGCGCCACCUCAACCAGGGACGCUCCCUGGCCCGACCACAGAACAAGGCGGUGGACGCGACCGAGCUGCAAACCCUGAGGGAGGCCAUCKACAACGAAUCGGUGUCCUUUGACGACUUUUUGGCGAAGCACCACAAGCUCUCGCCAAAGCUGCGGUCCAUYGUCCGGUACGCCCUGGCAUGGGAGACGACCGCCUCCAGCACGAGCCUCGAGGGGGGCAUGGGGGCACUGCGGAAACACCUGCAGGCCCUCGGACGGUACGGAACCACGGCCUUUUUGGUUCCCCUCUACGGGACAGGAGAGCUCUCGCAGGCCUUUUGCCGGUCKGCUGCCGUCUUUGGUGCCACGUACCUYCUGCGGCGGGACGUCCUGGCCGUUCGGGUCGAAACCGCCGMCGACGASACCGCGAGCGAACCCGCGAAGCACGUGGAGGGAAUCGUCUUGUCCACCGACCAGUGCCYGGCAGACGGAAACGACACCGGAGAAGACCCGCAGCACCAGCCACAGAACCCCRGGACCAAGACCGUCAAGUGCUCGCAGGUAGUGGUGCCGAUCAACGCGAUGGAUCGAGGUUUCUUUCGGCAAAACGGUGGGGAGACAACCACCGAUCGCCCGCAAAAGCGAAUCGCGAGGCGAAUCAGCGUGCUGAAGGGCAGCGUCGUCCCAUCCGAGGACGGAGAACAGCGCCACGUGGUGUUCGUUCCCCCAGACACGGUCGGCAACGAUCAUGYCAUCCACGGCGUGGUGCUGGACAGCUCCGCGCACGUUGCCCCCCGGGGAUACACCCUCCUCCACCUCACCACCACCGUGGAAGACGGAACCGCUGACACCGGAUCCGCUGCCGCCGUUCUCGAGCGCGCCCAGGCCGCGGUCCUCCGCUCGAAGCCCCCCACGGCAACGGGUGCCGGGUCACCGGGAGAGCCCCCGGUCGAGGUCUAUCACGUGUCGUUCAACCAUCCCUGCCGAGAUCCCGAAACCGCCGGGAGGGACCGCCUCCCGAGCGGCCUCCACCUCUGCAGCCACUCGGGCCAGGCACUGACCGCAGACGCUGCCUUUGAGCAGGCGGAAGCCAUUUUUUCUUCCAUCUGUCCCGGCGCCCGGUUCCUCGGCUUGUCCAGUUCGAUCGACGAGGUCAUCCGCGAGCGUGCCGAGGAAAAGUACUACGACGACGAGGAAAAGACCGCUCUCGAAAGCGCGGUUGGGAUGAUCGGAGACGCCUCUGCCGAUGCCAAUGGCAGCACUGCCGGCACACCCUGACGAGAGCAAUGCUAGUAUGCAUCGAACACGAGCAAUGCAACACCCCUCCACGGUGCACGCAGCCGCGCCGGCCUUUGCUGCUUUGCAUCGGCUGCACGCCGUUUUACCGACAAAUUCCGUCCUUUGGUUCGGCAUAGGCCGAUUGCAUUGUGUUUCCUUGAUAAGGUCGAUCAGUCGACUUGAGAUAGUACUUCCAUAACGCCCAUUAAGGUUCUUGUAGUACAGUAUUUGCAUAGGUACCC